UUCAUAAAGUGCAUAUUAAAAUACAACAUAAGAGAAUCUCUAACUUUUUCUUGCAGACCAAAAUCUCAAAAGCUUUCAUUACUGGAAGAUGUAAAACGGACAGUGAAAUACGACAGCCGAGUCCAACCUGCGAUGUACAUGCGCAAAAACCGUCCACCCCCAAAUCCGUUCGCCGUUUGUUUCAGCUUCCGGGAGAACGAUGAUUACACUCACAUCGAUGUCAGAGAUAUCCUGGAAACUCAGCUUGGGCUCAAAGUCCGCUCCGUACAGUAUGAUCCUUUGUCGAUCCGCUCAUCGGAUCCGGAUGUGGGAACAAGGUGGAUCGUUACGUACGCUACUCCGGCGGAGUGCGAGUUUGUAGCCAGCAAAGGAGUUGAAGUGAAUGGGGAUAAAAUGGCUAUAAAACUUCUAGAUGACGUCAUUAAUUGUGAAUGUGAGGCAUACGCUUUGUGGAGAGAGGAUGAGAGACAGAAAAGGAUUGCCGAGGGGAACCGAAUGAUUCGAAAAGAGAGAAAAAGAAAGAGGAGGCCAAAGGACUGAAUAAUUUCCAUACAUGCCUUAUUUCAAGAAAUGAUGUUUUUGGAUGAUUUUUUGAUAUACAAUUUUUAGCAAUUCUUUGUAAAACUGCCAAUAGUAAUUUAAAAUUGUGUACCCAUAUGCGAGUUACACAGGGGAGUAUAUAUAAAGUUAUAUACAUACAUUGAUAUUCUUUUGUGCUUUUCUUUUU